CCCCCGGUAUCAUUCUAAAUGGAUGUCCCAUAUAUAUAUAUAUAUAUAUAUAUAUAUAUAUUUUUUUUUUCUUUCACAAAGUAGUAACUCACGCUUCAGAACCAGCGUGAAGGUUUGGCAAUUGCCGUUUCUGCAAAUAAUCAUCCAGCACGACGACGACGACGACGACGACGACGUCUACGAGCGUCCACAAUGGCGCCAACCCAAAUAACGCUUCUGCCGGUCGACAUGAUGGAGUCCCAGCUGUCUACCGUUGACCUGCUAAUGGGGAUGUUCCCAUCUCCGGGAGAGCUUGAGAUCCCAGAACUCACCACUCAAUGCAUUGAAAAACUCCGAGUCUGGUGCGAGGAGGACCACCCAGCCUCUGCUGCGACAAUGCCGCCGUCGGGCAUCCCCGCAAGUAUAUCGCUGGCGGUGCGCCUGCCGAUUCCGGCGACGGAGAAAACCAUCCACGUCAACAUCUCGAUUCGAUUGCAGGGUGAUUCGCCGGAGAUCGGCCAGCCGCAGCCGCAGCCGUCGCCAUUGCUAAGUUAUUCGGUGCGGCAGCCGGGCUGGAUGUCCAAGGCAGAGGUCGCUAAGCAGCUGACCGCCAGAAUCCCGUUAGAUGACGUGUUUGACGCCUUGCAGUAUAUCCAGGAGGAAGCCCGGCAUUUCAUCGAAACUCAAAUCGAGAUGACGGCGGCGGCGGCAGCGACGGCGGCAGCGACGGCCCCCGGGAGUGAGACUUUGGGGCCAGGACGUGGAUGUGCCGCUGGAGGACCCGUUGUGAGAGUUUGGUUCUAUCUCCCGUCGCUCUCGAGCCGUGGGAAGCGGGACGAUCUGGUCAACCAUGCCGCGGACUAUUCUCUCACGGGGUUUGUGCUGGCGGGUAAACCGGGGGUGUUGUGUCUGGAGGGUGCAUCGGCGGAUAUUGAUGCCUAUAUGUGCUUUAUUAAAACCCACUCGUGGGGCGAUAUUCCCAGCUACCAGAAAAAGAUCAGUGAGAAGUUUCGGGAGACCAAGGAUAUUCACAGGGUCUUCUCCGGCAUGGAGGAAAUCACAGAUACCUUAGGGGCACGGGGUGGCCAGAAAGCUAAUCGGAGUGAUAUGCAGGCAUUGGAGGCGUGGCUUCGGGAUCGAGGGCUAGGUGAAGCAUUUGAGCAGGUGAUAUUUUAAGAACUAGCCAGGUGCUACUACUACUACUACUACUACUACUACCUAAUUAGUUUCUUUUCUUUUUUUUCCCAAUAAUACAAAUAC